ACUUUGGUAUCGUCAAGUAGCAUUAUUGCAGCAAAAUGUAGGAGAUACGACCAGCACACAGACCAUAAGCAUAAAGGAUUUCAUUUUGGUAUCUAAACGAUCUACAGUUUAUAUAGCCAAAAGCAGAGUGGAGUCCGUAAUCCGUAUCCCUAUCUAAUCUUCCAUGGAAACACCCAGUUCUCCCUUAAUAAGGCCAGUAACGAGAAUCUCUCCUUAACGUACACGAUUUAUCCAUAGCAGAGGAAGGAGAGGAAACGCAAAGUCGAAUCUCAGAACUCAACUGGCCCUGAAUUUUGUAUUGUUUUCUUUUCAUGUUAAUGGCCAUUUCGUUCACUUUGCCCAACUAUCAAAGAAAUGUUAAGCUUCAAUUUUCAAAGCAAGCUGUCGGCUCAAGAGUUGCAAUUGUUUGCUUUGCGUCAAGCCUCCAUCAAACUACUGCACUUGGUCAGAAACUCCACUCUAAGUGCAGUUUCUAUCAUGUAGCCCAUCCAUCUAUGGUCGAAAAUUCCAAAAGGAUGACCUGGUCUAUUGGAAGUAAUGUGGAUAGCAGUGGAUUUGAUCCUUCUCCUGCAAAUAGCCCCAAUGGCGGAACCCGUUUAAUAAGGGCCAUCCGAACUAUUCAAACCAAGAUAGGUGCAAGAAUUCAGGAGAUAAGGAAAGAUCUUCCCACGAAAUUACUGUUUUUCUUGGUUGGAUUUUACUGUGCAACUGCAUUUGCUACUGUUAUUGGGCAAACAGGAGACUGGGAUAUUUUAUCUGCUGCCUUGGCUGUGGUUGUUGUUGAGGGCAUUGGGGCCCUCAUGUAUAGGGCUUCUCUUCCUUUAGUGAGCAAGAUUAAGAGCCUGAUCACCAUGUUUAACUAUUGGAAGGCUGGCCUUUCACUAGGUCUCUUCUUGGAUUCAUUUAAAUAUGGAAUGGAUGACAUAUUUGGGUCAAGUAAUCCCUUUACUUUUGAAAUAGAUUUGUUCCACAUAAUCUUUUAGCACUUGGCUCUUCGAAUGCUGUUGACUGUACUUUCUGGCCAAGCAUGGUGGAGUGCUUGGAAAGCAUGGGUUGGGAUAUGACUGCACCUGUGGUGGUAAUGUUGCGAGUUUAAAGCUGCAUACAGAAAGUGAGGAUCAUUUUGCUCAUGGGAUAAGGCAUUAAGGAUCAGCGUGAUGAAUUCAUCAACAAAUUAUGGCCUUGGAUAAAUCAGUUGAACUUACGAAAAGAAGUCUGCUCCCUUUGCCUGCCUUAUACUGGAUUCUGUUGGCAUUUUUCUGGAAGUGAAAAUUAUUGCUUUGCACUUGGUGGAAUUCUACCAGCCAUCAGGACCUAAAAAUCUGUUGCGAUGUGAAGAUAUCGAGGUGGCCUUACAUUGCUGGGUUUGAACAUAAUUCAUAUUUCUCACAAGCAUUUGAUUGGUCUCUUGCAGAAAUAAGGAAGUUAAAGAAAAAAGAUCAAGCUGUGCACUUAGUUAGUCAGCGGAUUAGUUAUUGCUGGUUGUGUUUGCAGGAUACUGGCUUUUACUUGCUACACUUGCACGCGGUUACAAUUUACCAAAGUUAUAAGCUUUCAAGGCA